AUGGCCCAGGCAAAGAAGCACGUCACCAUCGUCAAGAAGCGCACCGCGCGCUUCAACCGCCACCAGUCCGACCGCUUCAAGUGCGUCGACCCAAGCUGGAGGAAGCCCAAGGGUAUCGACAAUGCCGUCCGACGACGCUUUCGCGGCACUGCUGCCAUGCCGAAGAUUGGCUACGGCAGCAACAAGAAGACCCGCCACAUGAUGCCUUCCGGCCACAAGGCCUUCCUCGUCAACAACACCCGCGAGUUGGACCUUCUCCUCAUGCACAACAAGACCUACGCCGCUGAGAUCGCACACGCCGUCUCGUCGAGAAAGCGGAUAGAGAUUGUUGCACGCGCCAAGCAGCUCGGCGUCAAGGUCACCAACCCCAAGGCCAAGAUCUCGACCGAGUCGUAA